GAAUGGUCACCCUGUCGUUGAUGAGAGAGCUUGUUGUCGAGCUGCAUUCUCAUACGAUUAUCUCAGACAGCAAUCGCCAUCAAACUCGAACCUAAUCAAGGAUGAUCGCUCAAUAUGUUUCCAGUCACGUCAAGGAGAUCGUUUUCAUGUCAACCGUCAUCGUGCUCUUGGUUUUCACGUUAAUGAGCUCUCCUUCAAUUCACGUCUUCCCAAAAAGUAUUGAGAGAACUUCAAUCGGGCGUCCAAUUAAUUGCCAAAAAGAAAUCGACGAUUUUGUCCCUCUCAAGGAUUUCAUGUCGCACAAUUCGUCAUGGCACGAGGCCAGAUUUCAACAAAUUAUGAAGAGAGAGUCCCUUGUACCUGGCGGUCGCUAUGUUCCCGAGAUAUGUGGCCGAGUUUCCAAAUUCCGGACCUUGAUUCUGGUUCCUUAUCGGGACAGAUCGUCCAACCUGAUUCGUUUCUUAUCUUAUAUGCAUUCCUUCCUUCAACGUCAAGACAUUGAAUAUCAGAUCUUCAUCAUUUCGCAGGCCAUGACUCCCUUUGUCCCGUUCAACCGAGGUGCCUUAUUCAAUAUUGGUUUUCAGUUCGCCAUGAAUCGUACGAAUUCAUCUUGGGAUUGCGUUGUUUAUCAUGACGUGGAUCAUUUACCAGAGAAUGAGGACAAUAUUUACACUUGUUGGGAUGUGCCGAGACAUAUGAACUCCAAUGACGACAAUAAUGGCCGCUUAUUGUAUUCAAAAUAUUUUGGAGGGGUAUCGGCCAUGAAACCAGCACAAUACAUUAAAAUAAAUGGGUAUUCAAACCGAUUUUUCGGCUGGGGAGGCGAAGACGAUGACGUUCAAAAACGAAUUACUAAAAUUGGACUUGAAUGGAGGCACGUCGAUUUGAAAACUGGAAGGUAUUUCACAUUGGGCCAUAAAAAAGCGAUUCCCAACAGUAGAAGAUUCGACUUACUGCGAAACAUUGAGGAAAUUAUGUUGAUUGAUGGACUGAAUUCAAUUCAAUUCACAUUAUUGUCAAUGAAGAAAGAGAAGCUGUUUACUAAUGUCACCGUUGCCUUGGCAGAAAAUAGUUCAAAUGCAAAAUAAGUGUGUUGGCAGGGAUUGUAUUUUGCUGGCAUAUUGCCUUUCAUUCCAAUAAUGAUUUUUACAAAAGAAAGCCA